GCGGCAAAUCGCGUCGAGCCUCGCUUCAGCAAUCCACCACCACCACGAUCUCUUACUCUCGCACAGGUACAAGAACAGUUGAGGCAUCCACAGCGCUCUCGCUUCACAAGAGCUCUCUUCUUUCCUGCUCCUUCUCUUCGGCUCUGAGUUCGAGAGUUGCAGAAGGGUAGAAGAGGCCCAAUAGAAAUCAUAAUCAAAGCAGAGAGACAUCUGGUGCUGGCUCAGCGUCACAUUGCUUCCGUCUUCCGGCACUGGACCUUUUCAUCCUUGUUGUACUUCACUACUAGUCACCUGUUGAAGAGCUCUCUUGAGUGUUUGUGAAGCGUCGGCUACCCUACCCACCUUCGCUUCCGCACUACUGCUCGUGUCCAAGUACCUCAGGUCGACUGGCCAGCUGUUGUUUACACACUCUUGUUGUCUUUGCUCUUGGGGAAAUGUACGGCAACCCACAGUAUGGAGCUGGUAAUCAGUACGGAGGACCACCGCCGUACCAAACUCCCCAGCAGCAUCAUGCGGCAGCACCGGCACCGUACUAUGGCGGAGGCGCGCCGUCGACAUCGGCAUACCCGAUGAGCGCGGCGCCGGGGCCGAAUCUGGCGACAGAUGCCAAUGCCUUUGCCCAGAUGUUCAAGUCCCACUUGGCUUCGCUUACCUUCAACUCGAAGCCAAUCAUUACCAAUGUCACCAUCAUAGCACAGGAGUACGUGCAACACAUGGCCGUCGUUGUCGUACAGUGCCUCGAAGAACACAUCUUGAGCUGCCCUCCGCCGUACCGUUUGCCUGCCCUGUAUGCUCUGGACUCAAUCUGUAAGAAUAUCGGACCGCCAUACACAUCAAUGCUGGCAGAUCGCAUCGUUCGCAUCUACAUGGAGACGUACCGAAUUGUGGACCAAGGCACAAAGGUUCGCAUGGAGGAGCUCCUUAACACCUGGCGAAAUGCCGGGACCAACGGCGAACCCAUCUUCGGCGGCGACGCACAGUGGAAGAUCGAGACGCAGCUCUAUGGGCGCCAGGGUCCACCGGUCGGCCAGCGUUCGACAGUGGAAAAGAUUGACCGGUUGCUGAGUAUGGGUGCCCAUGACCAGAUCCACAAUCCGCAGGCUUUCGAUGCAGGCCGCAUGGACGCCCUGUCGAAGCUCAAGACGGUGGUGCAGACGGCGCCGUUGUCGCCCGAGGAGCUGACCCAGAUUGACUCGGAAUUGGCCUCGUUUGACGCUGAGAUGCGUUCCAAGCGUCAGAUCCGAUCGCCGUCAGUCGCGAGCCGGUCACCAAGGCCGGUGGCUGCACCUUCGGCCCCUGCGCUUCCCCCCAAUUUAGCAGGUGCACUGGCCAAUCUUGCAAAUUUGGGCGGCAUCAAGUCUCCGCAGCUCCACUCCGCACCUCAGCAACCACAUCACAGUCAGCAGCAGCCGGCUCCUGCACCGAAUCAAGCAAACGAUCUUAUCAAGUCGCUCAUGCUAGCAGGUCUGCUCAAAGCGCCUGUCCAGCAGCAGACCAGCCAGGAUGACGAAUAUACGCGAACGAUCAUGUCGACCAAUGUCACCCUCACGGCCGCCGAGUUAUCUCGAGAACCGACAACAGGGCCGAUUGAAGAGCUUUGCCAGCGCUACCUCUCGCGGCAAUGUCCUCAGUGCGCCAACAGAUAUCCGCCAGGCGACAAGGGCCAGGCUGCCAUGGAUGCCCAUCGCGACUGGCAUUUCCGACAGAACCAGAGGGUCAAGGACAGCGCAGUGCGAGGCCAGAGCAGGAGCUGGUUUAGCAAGCUCGAACAAUGGAUUCGCGGAGGUUACGACGAUACGCUGCUGCCAUCGCGCGAGGAAGCUAAUCUGCACGACGAGCAGGGCCACGCAGGGCCGAGGCUGACAGCGGCCCAGGAGGAAGAGCUCCGAGCCGCUUCAUCCAAGUUUGUGGUGGCCGACGGUGAUGCAUCGUGUCCGAUUUGCAAGGAAAAGUUCAAUUCGGAGUGGAGCGAGGACGAGGAGGAAUUCAUCUGGAGGAACGCCAUCAAGAACGGGGGAAAGUAUUACCAUGCCACAUGCCACCUAUCAGCGACAACGCUUUCCUCCAACAUCGAAAGAGGAAGGCGGGCAGAUACGCCGAUAGAACAAUCCUCAGAUCCUAUCAUCCGGGUCAAGAAAGAAGAGGGCGACAGGAAGCGAAAGGAGAGCCCGUCUGUCGGCGAAGCACAGGAGUCACCCAAUCAAAAGGUCAAGCAGGAGUCUUGAGCCAGUAUCCGUCCGCCCGUCUGUCCGUCCAACCAUCCAUUCAUCCCCUCCCUCUUACACCCAUCAACCCAUCAACUCAUCACCCCAUCAACCCAUCAUAACCCAUUAGCAGUGUCGCAGCUCAUUUAUUUCAUAUGCAAUCUUUCAUACAACAAAGGCAAUCUCAAUAAUCUCUCCAG